AUGAGAAACGAGAUCAAGCAACUGACUCAGAGGCUGGAAAACUCUGAAAAACACCAGAAGAUGCAAGACAGCCAGAUAGCUCAGUCCGUCUCAAGAGCACAGGGUACAUUCCCAGGUAAGCCAGACUUAAAUCCAGUAGAACAUUGUAACCGCAUUGAGUUGAGGAGUGGACGUACUGUGGGAUACCCUCAAAUCAUUACUCAGAAGGAGCUUAACUUAGAGAAGGAGCCCUCUCUCCUAUUGCCCAAUCAUACCCAAAACAGGGAUAGAGAAGAGGCUACUAAAAAGAUUGAAGAAACUUUUCAAGCUACCCCACAAAAUCAGACGAUCUCUUUUCCUCAGAAGCUUAUAACAUCCCAGAAAGACGAAGAGUUCAACUGCUUCCUGAAGAAGAUCAAAGAAAUCUGCAUAGAAGUACCACUGAUGGAUGCGCUGCACCUAAUGCCGAAGUUCAUAAAUUUUUUAAAGGGAAUAUUAUCUAACAAAAGGCAGAAGGGCGACUUCGAGACUAUAGCAUUAACAGAGAAUUACAGCGCUCUCCUUAUGGCGAAUUCUCCACCAAAGCUUCAGGAUCCAGGAAGCUUCCCCAUACCCUGUAAAAUUGGUUCUGAACUCAUACCGAGAGCUUUCUGCGACUUGGGGGCCAGCGUCAGCCUACUUCCGUACACUUUAUGCAAGAAGCUGGGCCUCCAGAACAUUAAAUUGACCACUAUGGCACUGCAAUUAGCUGACCAUUCAUGCAGAUAA